UGCAAACAUUCAAAUUCAUCAUUUUACCUGUCAUUGAAUCAAUUUAAGACGUGCUUAUGAAAAUCUUGCAUGUAGAGUCACUGGCAUGGAGAGAGGUGGCUCUGUGUAAAAUUUCCAAUCAUGCACAAACACGGAGUUUGCUGUCAAAAAAAAGAAAAAAGAAAAAAAAAAGUCACUUAUUUUAGUUUGUUUUUCUGGUUCAUACCCACUCUUUUCACUUUUAUUUUAUUACACAAUGUACCAAACAGACCCACAAAGUUCAAACUUAUUCUUGGGUGGUGAGAGAACAACCGGUCAAGAUGUCCGCUCGAGCAAUGUGCUUGCUGCUGCUUCUAUUGCCAAUAUCGUUAAAAGCUCGUUAGGCCCUGUCGGUCUCGAUAAAAUGCUAGUGGAUGAAAUUGGGGAUGUCACCAUUAGCAAUGAUGGAGCUACUAUUUUGCAAUUACUCGAAGUUGAACAUCCUGCUGGAAAGGUGCUUGUAGAACUUGCUCACCAACAAGACCGAGAAGUUGGUGACGGAACAACAUCAGUAGUAAUUAUUGCAGCUGAAUUAUUAAAACGAGCCAACGAACUUGUCAAAAACAAGAUCCAUCCUACCACAAUCAUUACUGGAUAUCGUUUAGCUUCCAAAGUGGCAUGUAAAUUUAUUGUGGAUCAAAUGGCCGUCAGUGUUGACUCGUUGGGUAAAGAAUGUUUGGUUAACGCAGCAAAGACUUCCAUGAGUAGUAAAAUUAUCGGAAGUGAUUCCGAGUUCUUUGCUAAUCUUGCAGUGGAGUCUAUGUUAGCUGUUAAAUCAACAAAUCAUCGGGGCCAAGCUAAAUACCCUGUUAAAGCGGUAAAUAUUUUAAAAGCACACGGUAAAUCCGGUCUUGAUUCAACCUUUGUACGUGGGUAUGCCUUAAACUGUACCGUCGCUUCUCAAGCAAUGAAGAAAUGUGUCAAGAACGCCAAAAUUGCUUGUUUGGAUAUGAAUUUACAAAAGGCACGUAUGCAUCUUGGUGUCAAUAUUGUGGUGGAUGAUCCAGAUAAAUUGGAGGAUAUCAGAAAGCGGGAAAUUGAAAUUACAACCGAGCGUAUUCAAAAAAUUUUAGCGACAGGAGCCAACGUCAUUCUGACGACGAAGGGAAUUGAUGAUUUAUGUCUCAAGCUUUUUAUUGAAGCUGGUGCUAUAGCCGUUCGUCGUUGUAAGAAGGAUGAUUUGAAACGUAUCGCCAAAGCUACUGGCGCUACACUUAUUUCCUCUUUAGCCAAUUUGGAAGGAGAAGAGACAUUUGAAUCUGGAUCACUUGGUCAAGCCGAUGAAGUUGUUCAGGAACGUAUCUCAGACGAUGAAUGUCUUUUAGUGAAAGGAACAAAGAUACAAAACUCAGCAUCCAUCAUUUUACGUGGUGCCAAUGAUUAUAUGCUGGAUGAAAUGGAAAGAUCUUUACAUGAUGCUCUUUGUGUCGUAAAACGUACUUUGGAAAGUAACAGUGUUGUGCCUGGAGGUGGAUCUGUUGAAUCAGCACUUAGUAUCUAUCUGGAAAAUUUCGCCACCAGUGUAGCAUCCCGUGAGCAAUUGGCAAUUGCCGAAUAUGCAAAUGCUCUUUUAGUGAUUCCCAAGACUUUAGCUGUCAAUGCUGCAAAGGAUUCAACUGAGCUAGUAGCUAAACUUCGUGCUUAUCAUAAUGCUGCUUUAAAGGAUGGCGCCAAUGAUCGUAUGCGCGCUUUAAAAUAUUACGGAUUGGAACUAAUGAAUGGAACUGUCCGUGAUAAUUUAAACGCUGGUGUCUUGGAACCUACAAUGUCCAAAAUUAAGUCUCUUAAAAGUGCGACAGAGGCCGCCAUCUCAAUUUUGAGAAUUGAUGACAUGAUCAAGGUCGCUCCACCACCACCUGCUCAAGAUGAUGGACAUGGUCACUAAACUUGUAUCUAUUAAUUGAUUAAUAAACUAAAAGUGAAUACUUAUUAAUGAACUUUA